CACCUUUAUAUAAUAGUAGGGUGCGCUGUCAUCACGUAAACAAUUACAUGUGGAAAAGAAGGCAGAACUGAUAAAAAUAAGUAAGAAAAUGAAUCAGAUUACUAGAAGAGUAUUGUCACAUCAUUUGUUCAAGAAACUGAAGUUUGUCCGACAGCUCAAGCAUUCUUGUUGUAAUGUCACAUCCACUGGUCAAAGGGAUAUAAUCAAAGAUCAAAGACAUUUCUCCACGGCAUCAUCCAGUGACAAGAAGAUUUUAAGUGUUUCUACCUUAUUAUUACAAGAUGGUCUGGAUAUUGAUGAGUUACCUAUUAUUAUACGACAUUCAGACAGAUCAACAUUUCCUUUUACUGAUACGGGUAAUACCCAGUCAGAAAAGACUAUGAAGCAUGAAUCUCAAGAAGACAAACAGUUCAAGUCACAUAUUCAAGAGUGUGCCUCAGUAAAACAGAUCUUUCAGCUUCUUGAGAUUCCAUCCGAUUUUGUGAAUGUGCUUUCUGCAACUAAUGCACUUUUUAAAAUUUGUCAGUUACAAAAUGACAAUAAAGGUUUAGAUGACUUACAUUCAUUUAUUCACAAAGCUAUAAUGAAUGAAUUGUGUGACACUGUAAGUAAUGAGAUUUGUACAUUAACAAAUGACACGUUAAUAGCAGUAUUUCAGUGUUCGAAACGAUCAGAAGGCAUAUUAGACAGAUGUUUUUCUUCUGUUGUGCAAGAAAUUGAACGGAGGAUAGGUGACGGUAGAUUUUCCAUUGAUGAACUAUGUCUCCUCGCUGAAAUUUUACAUACUCCACAUAAAGACAAAAGACAACGACAAUUACACAAAUAUUUGUGGAUUCACAUUGGUAAUCGGUAUAAGGACAUUUCUGAGACAAAUGUUGCAAAAGUCUUACGAUUAUAUCCCAGAUCUAUAAAACAUGAACACUACAUAAAAUUGAUUGGAAAUCAGAUUGCUGUAUUUUGGUGGAAACUGAAAGGGGAAGAUUUUGCUUCCGUUGUAACAUCUUUAAUCCAGCUCAAUUAUCAUGACAAUAGACUCUUCUCAAGGCUUGCUCGUUGGUUUUCUGUAAAUGUUCAUGCUGUAAGAGAAAUUGAUUUAAUGGUUAUGUUGACAGCAUACAAUCGUUUAAAGCAUCCUGUUUUACAUUUCUUUGAUACACUAGAGAAGUACGUUGCUGCAAAAAUAGACAAAAUUGAUGUCAACCUAUUGGCACUAAUUGUGCAGUUGUGUCGUACAAAAAAGUAUUUAUCACCUGUUAUUUUAGACGCGGCUGCAUCACAUUUUAAACAGCAUGGACAGGAAUAUACACCAUUACAGUUGUUGACUAUUCUCAGAUGCUUUGGACAUUUAAAUUAUUUGCCAAAUGAACCAACAGAGUUUCUUUUCAAAGUAGAAUCAGUGUUAGAUGAAGCUUUCGAGGAUCUUGGAGUUGAACGAAUAUGUGCUAUUUUGUCCUCCUUUGCAAUGAUUGGCAAAGUGUCUAUGAAUUUAGCCCCCAGAGUAUUUGAUGAAUUGUUUUUUAUCAGAAUCAAAGAUUUACCUGAUUUACGACAAGAUAAAGUUAAAUAUUGGUUAAAGAUAAUUUUCACCUCAGCAUUAGUUGACAGAAAAGAAUUUUUAUCUCUUUCGAAAAAGGCAGAAGAGUUUAUAAAAUCAGCAGAUCCUGGCAAGAAAUCAAAUAUCUAUGAAGUCUAUGCAAACCGACAUGUUAGAUGUAGUUUAGAAAGGAUAUUUGAAGUUAAAAUGAAGCAUUACAGCAUUUUGAACAGAGGAGUCAACAAAAUAGAUUUUGAAAUUUUACUGAAUCAUGAUGGGAAACUACUGCCGCUGAAUAAUAGAAAAAUUGCACAGAUUAAGUUGGCAGUUAUACAACUAUAUGCCCACCAUUUCUGUAUCAACAGACCACAUAAAGUAGGGAUUGCUGCCAUGCAAUACAGACAUUUGAAGAGUCAAGGUUAUGAAAUUUUAGAAAUGCCAAUAGAUUUUAACUACUUUGACAACAAGGUCACAGAUAAAUACAUUAUUGGGCAGCUUCAACAAAUUUAUCAGCAGGUUAAAAAUACCUAGUCAAGAAGUUUAUAUUUUUUUAAAAUAUGAAAAUAAAUGUUGUUUUAUGA